CAUCUUCCGAGGGAGAAAGGGAGGGGAGAAACAUGGCUGUGUCGACUUCUUGAGUGCUGCUGUCAACUUUACGUUUUGAUUGUCCUGUAACUGACGCGAUCCAGCUCACCCCUUCUCUUGAUUUUAAAUGUAAGUUUGAAACGAUAAAAUGAGUAGUUGGGCUGGCUUCUCGGAAAGUGAACUGCGGAGAUUGCAGCAAAAAGACUCCGUGAUAGCAAGCAAGCACAAACUACGAGCGCCCGGUCGGAGUCGGCAACAAGUGCAAAGAGAGAAUCUAGUGCAGCGAGCCGUUCAGGCUCAGGCUCAGGUUCAGGCUGAGGUUCAGGUAUGCAAUGGAGUCGUGUCCCUCCAACUUCCGCCGGAGCAACAGCUCAAUAAGCUGCCACCCGAGUGUGAGCACAUGGCGGCAGCAGGAAGCCCGGCUGCCAAAAGCGACGCGCAGCAGAGGCUCAUCGAAGAAAAGACGCAAGCAAACUGUCAAGCUGCCGCAGAGAAGCCAAAUCCGCAAGUGAAGGAGCUUGACAAACAAGAAAUCGAACUUCGAGACAAGACUCGCCUGGAGCAACUGCAACGGGAGCAAAAAAUGAUCGAAGAUGCAAAUAAGCGCAAGAAGGCUCUGCUUGCAAAAACCAUAGCCGAAAAGUCCAAGCAAACUCAAGCUGAGGCUGUGAAGCUCAAGAGAAUCCAGAAAGAGCUGCAAGCCCUUGAUGACAUGGUUUCGAACGACAUCGCUAUUCUAAGAGGAAAGAUCGAGCAAGCCAGCUGGGACUACACUACUGCCAGAAAGCGCUACGAAAAGGCAGAAGCAGAGUAUGUGAUGGCCAAGUUGGAUCUCCACAAGAAAACGGACGUAAAGGAACAGCUGACAGAGCACCUUUUUGCUAUCAUCCAACAAAACGAGCGCCGCAAAGCCCUUAAGCUGGAAAGACUGAUGCAGGAGUUGAAGCUUCAGGUCACUGAGGAGCAGCUGGAAAGCCAGAAGGUGGAAGAAGACCACGUGGGAUGCCUUGAACUGCAAGGACGUGCCAAAGAGCACCAUGGUGUCUCGGAAGGGCAGGAGGGAACGGAGCAAUGGAUGCUGACAGAGGAGGAAAGUCAGAAGAGCGAUGGCCUCCAGGUGGACCAUCAAUUGAGUCACAAAGUACAGCCUGCGGAAGAUUGGAAAGCACAAGGAUUUCCAGCAUGAAACACUGGCUCCUGCCUCCAGGUGGACCAUCAAUUGAGUCACAAAGUACAGCCUGCGGAAGAUUGGAAAGCACAAGGAUUUCCAGCAUGAAACACUGGCUCCUGCCUCCAGGUGGACCAUCAAUUGAGUCACAAAGUACAGCCUGCGGAAGAUUGGAAAGCACAAGGAUUUCCAGCAUGAAACACUGGCUUGUGCGUGCGUGAGCCAUUAUGCUGCUUUCCUCAUGUAUCAUUGUCACUUUACUUGUAUAUAUUGACCCAAAUGUUUUUUAGAACUGUUGUUGAAAGGAAUAUAUUGGUGGUCAUUUAGGUUUUUUUAAUGUUUACAUUUUGAGCUGUUUGCUUAUUCUCCCUAACAAAUGAAAAUAAACGGGUAAGAUAGGAAAA